CUGGCGUCCAUUAAGAGAGAUGGCCGAGUCCAGGUUUCCCCGUGGCCUGUGGUCCUCAUCUGGUGCCUCGAGGAUUCCAAACUGUUGGAAGUUGGGACAGGUUCCAACCAAGGCUUUGGGAGGAUCAAGAGAGCCCUGCUCUGAGCAAUGGAAAAGGGCUCCCUCAAAAGCAAAAAUGAUGAAGGAAACAACUCCAAGGCCAAGGCGUCUGUAAACAGCUUGAACAAAGUGAUUCAGACCAGACUCACUGUGGGCAGCCUGGGAUUGGGCCUGGUCAUCAUCCAGAAUGGGCCCUACCUCCAGAUUAGCCACCUCAUCAAUAAAGGGGCUGCAGCCAGUGACGGAAUCCUCCAGCCAGGUGAUGUUCUGAUUAGUGUUGGACAUGCCAAUGUGUUAGGAUAUACCCUUCGUGAAUUUUUAAAGCUUUUGCAAAAUAUCACUAUAGGAACAGUGCUACAAAUCAAGGCUUACCGAGGCUUUAUUGAAAUACCCCAGGAAUGGCAAGAUGUAUAUGAUUUAAUUCCUGAGACCAAAUUUCCAAUCCCACACACACCAAAGAAAACAGAGAAGGCAAAAGAGCCUUUUGUAAGCCAUGACCAUGAAGAUGCAGUUUUAGAUAAAAGACUGAAGUAUUAUAGGUAUCCUCGAUCAGUCUGGAAUCACCCUGUAAGGACACCGAUAUCAAUCUCCACAGAAUGGCAUGGGUAUAAAAAGAAGGACCACACUAUUAGUGUUGGCAAAGAUGCUAACUGUGAUGUAGUAAUUCAUAAGGACGACAAGAAAGAACUGAGGGCCCCUUCUCCGUACUGGGCAAUGACAGAGCAAGACAAAACCAUCUCCUCCUCCUCCUCCACGGCUGCCUCCUCCAUCUCAGAUGCCUUCUGGCUGGAGGAUUAUGCACAGGUUGAGGAGGGCAAAGGUAAACAGGUAUCAAAGUUUGGUUAGGUAUUGGCUUGCAAAUUUGUGGCCACAGAACUUUUUAUUUUUAAACAUCCAAUUUUUAUGCCUUACCAUGGUGUUGACUUGUACAUUUCCUACAUGACUUACCAGCUCUCCUAUGACUACAGAAAGCCUUCUUCCAUUAGCAGCUCAGGAUUUCCCUGUGGUCUAACAGGCUCUGCAGACCUGUUCUCAGGUCUCAUCAUCAUCCACUCAGCUUUUACAAUGUCACUGGAGGAACCUUCCCCAUCACCAGAAUGGCUGAACAACUGUCUUGUAAGGUACAGUUUUCCUUGAGGUUUUGGACUGAUUGUUAACAUUACAACCCCUGCCCCCACCCGCUCAGUGAUACCUUUAUUCGGAAUAUCAGGACUGAAACAAGUGAGAAACAGACAGGAGAAGGAGUCAGAUACAAAUGAAGGAACCAGCUGAGAGGAUGUUACUUAGAAAUGUAGUUUUACUGUAAAUGGGGCAAAAUCCAGACCAUUCAAUUGUUAUUACCCCCAAAUGAGCAAAUUUUAAAGCUGCUUUUAUUUUUAAAAGCCAUCAGUAAUAAUCUGCAAGUUUUACUUUUAAAGCUGCUUAGUCUCAAUUUUAACAGUUUGUGAAAUUUCUUAAUUGAUGUAAUUGGUGAACUCAAUUACUCUAUUGUUGUUUUCUUUAAAGCAUUUAAUAAAUACCUGUUGACUGCCUAGGAAGAAUGCACGAAAAACACUUACACACAAUGCUUUAUUGGCUCUAUGGCAGCUGGGAGUAACUAUGCUUUCAAGUUUGUUUUUUUUUUUUUUACUUCACUGAGAAAAAUGUUGAAUUAACAUUAAUUAAUAAUUAAGAAACCUGACUCUGAUGUGUUUGCUGGUUUGGGCUGAGACUUGAAUAUAUGCAUCUGUUAUAACUCGUCAAGAAAAGGUGUAUGUCCCAAGUUUCCACUUGCUGCCAUUGACUUCUUGCCAGAAACAAACUUUUUUGCAGCCUUAAAUAAAACACAAAAAGUUAAAUAAUGUUAUCACCAAGUAGAUACACCAUAUAUUUCAAGUUUACGGACAAGACAUUCUAAGACAGCAAUUCUGUAAUACAGCCUCAUAAGACUAAAAUUAACAGUGAGAUAGUUGGUGUUUUAUUCUGAAUGUGAAGAGCAUCACAUGUACAACUAAGCAGACAGACGGUCUCCAGAUAAGGACAGUCUUGAAGAAAAAAAUCCCACUGACAUUCAGAACCAAGAAGAAUGGCUACUGGUAGGCUGUACUUUGUUUUGUAUUACAAUGGUAAAAGGCCUGGGUUAAUC